UUCAAGCAGAUGAAGGUGGUGUGAUUGGUGUUUGGUGUUAUGUGUGGUUUAUUUGAGCAUUUGUUAACACACGACUAACAUUGUGUAUCUGAGUGAACGCCGCUCUCAUGAUCUGUUUCUCUCAGGAUCCGUUCAGCUGAAUUAUUGAGUUUGUUUCUCAUUUCUAUUCAGAGUCAGUGCUGGAGAUCAGAUUCUGUUUCAUCAUGGAGGACACACAAACAUCCACAGAUGAAGAGUUUUCUCCAGGAUGCAGUUCAGUUCAUCAGAAGAGAUCAGAAGCAGAGUCCAGCUGUGUGUCUAUGAGGAGUGACGCAUCUAUGGGUCAUCCAAUACAGUUUAAGAGUGGAGAUACAAAGACUGAUCUCAGUUCAGUUCAGCAGAAGAGAUCAGAAGCAGAGUCCAGCUGUGUGUCUAUGAGGAUUGAUGCAUCUAUGAAUCAGUCAUUAGAUUAUAAGAGUGACAAUAGAAAGACUGAUCUCAGGCAUGAAGUCCUCAACACAUUAAGAUCAAAUCUGAUGAAGAAGUUUGAGCGUCUGUAUGAGGGAACAGCGACGCAGAGAAACCCAACACUCCUGAAUGAGAUCUACACAGAGCUCUACAUCACAGAGAGUUCGAGUGGAGAGAUCAAUAAUGAGCAUGAGGUGAUACAGAUUGAGACACAAUCCAGGAGAGCAGCAACAGAGGACACAGCCAUCAAAUGCAGCGACAUCUUUAGACCUUUACCUGGACAAGACAAAGCUAUCAGAACUGUGCUGACAAAGGGAGUCGCUGGCAUUGGAAACACAGUCUCUGUGCAGAAGUUGAUCCUGGACUGGGCUGAAGGGGAAGAGAAUCAGGACGUCCAGCUCAUAUUUCCACUUCCUUUCAGAGAAAUCAACCUGAUGAAGGACAAAACACUCAGUCUUUCAGAUCUUCUUCAUGUCUUUUUCCCUGAAACUAAAGAAGUGGAAAUAUCCAGAGAUGAAUAUAAAGUGUUGUUCAUCUUUGAUGGUCUGGAUGAGUGUCGUCUGUUUCUGGACUUUAAGAGCAAAGUGAAACUUUGUAAUAUAUCUGAAUCAGCCUCAGUGGACCAGCUGCUGAUGAACCUCAUUGUGGGGAAUCUGCUUCCCUCUGCUCUCAUCUGGAUCACCUCCAGACCAGCAGCAGCUGAUCUCGUCCCCUCUGAGUGUGUCCAUCGAGUGACAGAGGUACGAGGCUUCAAUGAGCCGAAGGAGGAAUACUUCAGGAAGAGAAUCAGUGAUCAGAGUCUGGCCGACAGGAUCAUCUCACACCUGAAGACAUCAAGGAGCCUCUACAUCAUGUGCCACAUCCCAGUGUUCUGCUGGAUCUCAGCCGCUGUUCUGGAGAAGAUGUUAAGUCAAGCAGAGAGUGGAGAGAUUCCCAAGACUCUCACUCAACUGUACACACACUUCCUGAUCCUUCAGACCAACAUCAAACAUGAGAAGCACUAUGAGAAGAAGGUGACAGAUGAAGACAUGAUCCUCAAACUGGGGAAAGUGGCUUUUCAGCAGCUUGUUAAAGGAAACCUGAUUUUCUAUGAGGAAGACCUGAGCGAGUGUGGCAUUGAUGUGACAGAGGCAUCAGUGUACUCAGGAUUGUGCACUCAGAUCUUCAGAGAGGAGUUGGGCUUGUAUCAGGGGAAAGUCUUCUGCUUUGUUCAUUUGAGCAUUCAAGAACAUCUAGCAGCUCUAUAUGUUCUCCUUUUAUUUUCAAACAACAACAGAAAUGUGUUUGAGCCAAUCACUAAACAAAAUGCCCAGUCUAAACUUCAGGACCGGUUUCAACUCUUGUUUAAACGUGUUUCAUUAUCUGAGCUGCAUCAGAGAGCUGUGGAUGAGGCUCUUCAGAGUAAAAAUGGACAUCUUGACCUUUUCCUGCGGUUCCUUCUCGGUCUGUCAGUGAAGUCUUAUCACAUUCUCCUACAAGGACUAAUGAAAGAGACAAUAAGCAGCUCUGAUAUCAGUGAGGAAACAGUUGAGCACAUCAAGAAGAAAAUCAGGAUCAUUGAUUCUCCAGAGAAAUCCAUCAAUCUGUUCCACUGUCUGAAUGAACUGGGUGAUCAUUCACUAGUGGAGGAAAUACAACAGUAUCUGAAAUAUGGAAGAAUAAGUGAAGCCAAACUCUCUUCAUCUCAGUGGUCAGCUGUAGCUUUUCUGUUGUUGACAUCAGAAGAGGGACUGAAUGAGUUUCGUCUUGAUAAAUUUGUUAAAGAAAAGAAUAAGCCUGAAAAUAUGGAAGUUCUUCAGAAGCUGCUGCCUGUGAUUAAAGAGUCCAGAUCAGUUCAGUUGAGUUAUUGUGGCGUCACAGAUGAAGGUUGUGCUGCUCUGGCUUCAGCUCUGAGAUCAAAACCCUCACACCUCAGAGAACUGAGUCUGUCUAGGAAUAAAAUAGGAGAUUUGGGUGUGAAGUGUCUCUGUGAAGGACUGGAGGAUCCUCACUGUAAACUGGAGAAACUGCUGUUGAGUUAUUGUGGUGUCACAUAUGAAGGUUGUGCCGCUCUGGCUUCAGCUCUGAGAUCAAACCCCUCACACCUGAGAGAACUGACUCUGUUUGGGAAUGAACUAGGAAAAUCAGGAGUGAAGUUACUCUCUGAUCUGAAAGAUGAUUCACAUUAUAAUCUGGAGAGAUUAUUCUAUUGACUCAGUAUUAAGACGUCAUUUCAGUUUCCUCAGGAUCAGCUGAUGGUGAAUAAGAGCCGCUACAGAGACGUCACAGUCACAGAGGCUGAAGACAGAGACACACAGCAUCACACUGUCAUGUGUGUUAUCUUUCACUGUCUUGUUUUAUAGGUAAUGGCCCAUGAAACUGAGUGCAGAAUCAUCUUGGAUUCACUAGAUAUAGUCUACAAUGUAGAUCAGGGGUGUCAGUCUGGCCUUGGGAUGAUUUGAACAAUAAUAUAAAA